AUUCUCCACUUUUGCUGGAUUUCUUUUUUAUUCAUGGUUGAUAGCAUAUUUAAUACUCAAAUCAGUUUUCCCACCAGCUUUAUUUGGUUUAGAUUAAUAGAAAGAAUACCACUUUAACACAAAGAUGUUAUUUUUUCUUUAUUUCUUUCUUAGCUUUUGAUCAUCUUCUUCAUAGCUGAACACCAUCUUUCUUCAUCUGAUAUUCACAAAAAGGUUGAAACAAAAGAAAAAAUAGUUCAUCAGCAUAGCCAGAGAUGGCUUAUGCUGCUCUUGUCUCCCUUGAAAACACUAUACAACGAUUCCUAAAUGGUAAUCUAUUUUCCAUCUCUGUCGAAGAAAAACAGCAAAUUACAUCUCUGCUUGAGUAUGUUACUCCCAUCCGGGACUUUCUCGAAGAAUUUCCGAAUGAAUCCAAGAGUUGGGAGGAGCAAAUGAGGGAACUUGCAAACGAAGCAGAAGAUACUAUAGAAUAUCUUGUGUUGGAGAAGGUUUUUUUGCCUUGUGAAGAGGAAUCUGAAUCUCAUCCAAGUGGAAACCACGGACUCGACCUGAAAAAAGUUGUCAAAGAGACUUUUUCGAAGCUGGGGACAGUGUCCGAGAUCGUGGAAGAAUUCCUAGAUGAUGCUAAAGCUAACAGUUUGAAAGGCCGAAUCACAGAGAUAGCAAGUGAACUGAGAGAAACCUACAAAUUUUACAAGUUUGAGAAAACUCAUCGUCGUUUUAGAGAAAAGUGGAGAUUGUUACCAUCAGAGUUGGCCAAGCUCAAGCCUAAAAUCCAGUUUAUACACCACUUGAACAAGACAAGAAAUGAUAUUAAUUCGAUCAUGGAGGAAGUGAUGGCCAUCGAGAAUGUUCGCAAUAAAAUUGAUUCGAUCAUGGAGGAAGUGAUGGCCAGCGAGAAUGAUCGCAAUGAAAUUGAAGCCGCUUUAUCUACUACACUUUCACCUGUUGAUGAUAUAGUUGGCUUCCCUCAAGAUGAUGCUGAUGCGUCUAAAUGCUAUCGAAGUGCAAAACAUGAGCUCCAGCUGGAAAAAGUUAUGGAGGAGAUUGCCUCGAUUUCUGUAGAAGUGAAGAACAUAAAGGUUAGUUCCAGCAGCAAAGAAGUUCAACUUGGUGCUGAUUCUUCUUCUCAAAGUUAUUCAGAUUCUUUGACAGUCAGUUCUUCAUCAGCUGCUCCACCCAUCUACAAAAACUCCCUGGUUGGUUUUGACGAUCACGUGAUGAACAUCAAGGAGCGGCUCUGUGGAAAUCCAUCCAAGCUUCAGGUCAUACCGGUAUGUGGUAUGGGGGGCAUUGGCAAAACUACUCUCGCCAGAAAUGUGUAUGACGAUCAACUAAUUAAGGAGAUGUUCGACAUUCGUAUUUGGAUUACAGUAUCACAGGAUUACAGUCCGAAGAGAAUUCAUUCAGACCUUCUGGAGUCCCUUAAGGAAUACAACGACCAAAGUGGAAAGGAAGAAAGCGCUGAUAUAAAGGUGUACAAAAUUUUAAUAGGCAGGAAAUAUUUAGUCGUGAUGGAUGACAUCUGGAGAAGUGAGGCAUGGGAUAUUGUUAGGAAUGUGUUUCCUGAUAAUGGUGACGGAAGCCGUAUCAUGCUAACUACAAGGUUGUAUGACGUGGCUUCUUAUCCUGGUCCUUCAAUCAAGCCUUAUGAGUUGGGUUUACUGGAUGAAGUUCAGAGUUGGAGCUUACUUAAGGAGAAGGUGUUUCCAAAUCAAGAAUGUCCUUCCGAUUUGGAAAAUAUUGGGAAGGAUAUCGCAAGAAGCUGCAAAGGGUUGCCCCUCGCUAUUGUGGUGAUUGCAGGACUUUUAUCCACGGUCACUGAGAAUCCAUCUUCGUGGCUGGAGGUUGCCGGGACGUUGAAGUCUGCAACAACUGAUGAGAAAAAUCAUAUUAAAAAGAUACUAUCUUUGAGCUAUGUGGAAUUACCUCAGUUAUUGAGGCCAUGUUUCUUGUACAUGGCUUCAUUUCCUGAAGAUCAUGAGAUAUAUACCACGAAACUCAUUAGAUUAUGGAUAGCUGAGGGCUUUCUCAAAUUUCCAAUCAACACCAAGAGCUUUGAAGAGGAGGCUGAAGAGUGUCUGGAGGAACUUGUGAAGAGAAACCUCGUUUUCGUAACAAAGAGGAAAUCUGACGGGAGAAUCAAAAGUUGCAGCCUCCAUGAUCUGAUACGGGAGCUGUGCAUAAGAAAAGCUCAGGAAAGUAAGUUUUUUCUGAAUUUGAUGGAUGAGGAUACUGAAAAGGAGAAUUUUAUGGAUAGCAUAAAAAAUGAGCGUCGGGUAAGUACUUCUAAUCUAAGUUUCUUUUCAAGCUAUGGUGGAUCGACUAUCCAUUCCAUUAAAUGCUUCAAGUAUCAUAUAGUAAAACUGGACUUUGUAGAAGGUGUCAACUUGAUGAGGGUGUUGGAUGCUGAAGCUGCUGAUGUGGAGUCAUUGCCAUCUCAAUUAUUUGAGCUAUUUCAUCUGAGAUACCUUGCUGUUAGAUAUUAUCGUAGUAUCCAUGGAAUCUUAUCAAAACUUAAAAACCUACAAACCUUAAUCAUUCGUGCAGAAAAGAGAUCUGAUAUCGGAGUAUUAAAAGCUUGUGGCAUGUUGGUACCGUGGUGCAUGCAAGAAUUAAGACAUGUUUAUCAUAGGGGGAUUCUCUUUGAUUAUCUGAACGAAACAACAUGUUCACUAGAAAAUCUGCACACGGUUUCGUAUCUUCUCAGUGUGUGUUGUCGUGAGCAUAUACUGAAAAAGAUCCCAAACAUAAAAAAACUGAAGGUUUAUUGUGAUUAUGGUUUUGAUGGACAGGAUGGUAACCUGAAUGACCUGGUACAUCUGCAUCGACUUGAGAAUUUGGAAGUAUAUGCUGGUGGUUUGUUUAGACUCAGCUUCAAUCUUGCUUUUCCUGAGACGCUCAAAAGGUUGAUUUUGGGGGAUUUGAAGCUUACUCAGAACAACAUGAUUGUUGUUGGUUCAUUGCCAAAUCUUCAAGUGCUCAAACUGAAAGGUUGCACUUGCAUUGGUGGCACAUGGGAAACAACUGAGGGAACAUUUCCAGUGUUGGAAGUUCUUCUAGUUCAACGUUCACAGUUUGAGAACUGGAUAACUGAAAGUGGCCAUUUCCCAAGGCUCAGACGCCUGCUACUUCAUUCUUGUCGGGACCUCAACAAGAUUCCAACUGAUAUUGGAGAAAUUCCAAGUCUUCAACUGAUUGAGGUUAAGGGUGAUGUGAAGGAGUCUUUAUUGAAGUCGGCAGAAGUGAUAAGAGAGGAACAAGAUGAUAUGGGAAACAACAUCCUUCAGGUUGUCUGCAUUGCUGCUAAGUCGUCUUGACAUUGAAGUUAUUAUUCCGAUGAGCCCCUUUUCAGGAGUUUUGAUGAUGAAGAUGACAAUGAUGAGGAUGAUGUACCUUCCUCAUGGUUCAAAUUCAAAUGGGUUAGAGGAUGGAAACGUGUUAAGUGUGUGUUAAAGCUUUAUCAGUGAGACUUUACUGAAGAGGUUUUCUAAGACUGUGUAUGUUAUGGAACUUGUUUCAUUGUUUAAUCGUUCUGUACUUGAAUGUUAAUAUGGUGUGUUAUAUGAAUAUGUUCUUAUUAUUGUGUGGAA